UAAAGUGACACAUGAUUUAUAAUAAAUGUGGUGGUAAAUGGUCCUGGUCUAGUAGGGGCCUGACUCCUGAUCUAUAGCUCUGUAGUGACAUAUGAUAAUAAAUGUCAACAGCUCUACCAUUGUCAAUAACCCAUUCGUUACUGUGUGACUUUUCCGUAUUAGAUUCCUUUCAAAAACCCUCUGCCUUUUGACUCUCCUCCAUCCUUGCCUUGAAACUGAUGGCCAGGAUUCACAUUCAAACUAAACUUCUGUUUCAAACCAUGAAGGCAUAGCAUUGCUGUUGUUUGGCCCUUUAUUUUUUCUUAAUUGUUUCUUAAUUGUUUCUUGCAUUGUUCUUAAUUAUUGCAGUCAAUAAUAAACAAGGGAAACAUUGGGUCUUCAAGUUUACCCACAGGUGGUUCUCACCUCAUCUGCUUUGAAUCCACCGCCUGAGUAGGGUUGGAAGGGGUUAAGAGUCACGUGGCUAAGCGAGUGGCGUUAUAAAAAGUGUAUGUGCAGAAAAAGAGAACAAAGAAAUCACAAUCUAUUUACCAGGAGGGAGACUGAGUCACCCAGCGCCAGGCUCGCAGGAGAAGGUUGCAGGGUCCGGGUCCCCGGUUCUCCCGGUUCUCCCGGUUCCGGCUGCUGCUUCUGAGGAUGAGGAUGAUGAUGAUGAUGAUGAGGACGGGUCCAGUGUUCUGGUGCUUCUUCACGCUGCUCUGCCUCCGAGGCAUGCUGCAUUGUUCUCCGGUUCUCCGCGGUGGGGCCAGCGAGCAGAGCGCUGCUACACCGGGCUCGGACAGGUUCCCAGUCCUGAGGAAGAGAGGCAGAGAAACCCCGACGAAGGACCCGGGGCCCCAAUCCAACUCCAGUCAGGCCUGGAGCCGCCCGCGCUGUGGGGUCCCGGACUUCCCCGGGCCGGUACACCUCAGCGGGCGACGGAAGCGCUUCGUUGUGUACGGAGGGCGCUGGGAGAAGACCGACCUCACCUACAAGAUUGUGCGGUUUCCAUGGCAGAUGGGUGAGGAUAAGGUUCGUCGGGUGCUACAGGAAGCUCUGAGGGUUUGGAGCGAAGUGACGCCACUCACCUUCACUGAGCUCCGCAGCGGGAAGGCGGACAUAGUCAUCGACUUCACCAGGUACUGGCACGGGGACAGCCUCCCCUUCGACGGGCCGGGGGGAAUCCUGGCCCAUGCUUUCUUCCCCAAGACCCACCGCCAGGGAGACAUCCACUUCGACUACGACGAGUCCUGGACGCUGGGCAACGACAUGGGCACGGACCUCCUCCAGGUGGCUGCCCAUGAGUUCGGCCACGUCCUGGGGCUGCAGCACUCCAGGGAGCCCGGGGCCGUCAUGUCGGCCUACUACACCUUCUCCUACCCCCUGGAGCUCAGCCGGGACGACCGGCAGGGCAUCCAGUACCUGUACGGCGCCCGGCCACAGGCCCCCACCUUGGCCCCGCCCCGGCCCCCUCCCCCAGUCAACCCAGAGACCAAUGAGAUCACUCCUGACGCAUGUCACACAGACUUUGACGCCGUGUCCAUGAUCCGUGGCGAGCUGUUCUUCUUCAAGAGCGGCUAUGUGUGGCGGAUCCGCGAUGGCUACCUUGAGCGCGGCUACCCGGCCCUCGCCUCCCGCCACUGGAAAGGAAUCCCAGACACCGUGGAUGCCGCUUUCGAAGACCAGACGGGGAAUAUCUGGUUCUUCCAAGGGAACAACUACUGGGUGUUUGACGCAGAGCGGCCAAUCAGGGGGCCAGAGUCCAUCCGGGGUCUGGGUCUGUCCGUGUCCCACCUCCAGGCCGCCCUCCGCUGGGGGCAGGACUCUAACUACAACACCUACCUCUUCCAGUCGGGCAGCUACUGGAAGCUCAGCCCCAGUGAGGGCCGUGUAGAGUCAGUCUACCCCCACAGCAUGCAGGACUGGAGCGGAAUCCCACACGACGUAGACGCAGCCUUCAAAGACAUCUAUGGUUAUGCCCACUUCAUCCGGGGAAGGCAGUAUUGGAAGUUUGACCCAUUGGCUAGGAACUCUCUGGAGGGUUACCCACGGUACAUCGGCCAGGACUUCUUCGGCUGCAGACAGAAGAAGUGACACGGAGAGAGUGGAGGGGGCAUUCUAUUCGUUUGGACCAGAAUAGAACCCUUCCUAUUCUUCUUCUUUUAUGAUCACUCGGCCGUCCUCUCAGGAACACAUUUCCUCAGACUCUGACCGCUGGUGUUGUUAUUGUCAUUAUAAAAGGAAUGACGAUAAUAAUGACCAUGUUUUACAGUAGACCAAGACACUUAUUAACUUUAGGACAAAAAGAGGUAGAUGCUGCAAGUUUUUGUGGAGAAACUGUGCCUUUAUGUUAUCAGGAUCUUUUUUUACCACUACUGUAUAUAACAUUUUUCUCCCUCUUCAUAUGACAUUUUGUGUGUCAGUGGAUGUUUACUAAUUGUUUCCUAUUUUCUCAAAAAUACUCUCUGUUUUGUGAAAUCACUCCCAUAAGCACAACCAUAAGAUGUAUAUCCUCACCAUGAGCCACAUGUAUCCACCCAUCUGCAAACAGCUUUUGAUUCUAGUGUGAUCUACAGGGAAAACUAGAACUGCAAGUUCUCCAAAUGUUAUUCGUUUUUUUGUAUUUAAUGAAGUUAUUAAUUAUAACACGGUGCUGUAUUCAAGAUAAUCUUUUCAGGGACAGAAGACCAGAGAGUAUCUGUAAGGUUCUUCACAUUGAAACCCCUCACACCUUGCGGUUCUCCUCGCCUCGGCAGAACCUGGCACCCUACCCGGUACCAGCAUCCUGAUACCCUUCUCAAACCCUAGUUGCCUCAUUUCCUUCAAAACCUAAAAUUGUGUUUAUAUCAAUUUUUUUUAUAGCAAUUCUAAUACAUAUAUCUUGUUUCACCUUAUCAGCAAAAAAAUUGGCACAUACAACAAUAAAUACGAGUAUGUCAUUGGAAUGUGUGUGAUAAUUUUGACCUUUUAUCAUAAUAAUCCCCAUGUGCUGUGUGCGGAUGCGCAAUUGCGCAUGCAUGCAUGCUUGUUUGUGUGAAUUGCUGAGUCGUGAAACAUGUAACUCUCCUGCGGUGCUCGGAGGAGACCAGCGCGGGUCGCUGGCGCUACACUGACCUCUCUGUACUAAGUGAUCUUGUUGUUGUGCUUGUUGUUGUUUUGUUGUCUUCCUCUUAAGAGCUGUUGAUCAUGACUGGUAUGAUGAAAACGACAACAACGUAUUUAUAAGCAAACAAUUGAGCACACAUUUUGCUGUAGAUGUAUGCUUUUUUUUCCCCUUUUGUACUCACUGAUAUGUAAAAACAUACAUAUAUGUUGAUUUCUAAUAAAAUACCAAACAAGAAA